AUGAAUUCUUUAUCAUCUAAAACCAUAAAUCAACAAUUCUUUAAUGGGUAUAUUAUAUCAUUGAGUGGAUUCUCUGUUCAAGAGAAAUUAAUUAUGAAAGGAAUGAUUGAAGAAUGUGGAGGUAUGUGUACUGAUGAUAUGAAUAGUUCUACAAUUACAUUCCUCAUUGCAAAGGCAUUAUCAAGUGAAAAAGCAAGAUGUGCAUUAAGGUGGGGAGUACCAGUUCUUAAUUUUCAAUGGUUAUUUGAUUGUUUAAAAGAAGGUAGAGUAAUAUCUAUUAACAAAUAUGUUUUAAAUACUUUUAGUUAUUAA